GAGAAACCAAGUCAUAACACAACACCACUACACAACUCUCUCUGUCUUUCUUUCUUUCUUUUCGUGUGUUGUUGUUUUUUAUUUAUUUAUCUUUUCAUUUUAUUUUUCUUUCUUUCUUAUUUAUUUGCAGCUUUUUUUCUUCUCCCAUUAUUCCACUGUUUCUCCUACUCCUCUUUCUUCUUCAACAACCAUCAUCGAACCAUGGAACCCCAAACCCUAGAAACCUCUCCGCCGUGAACAUCCACCACCCACCACCGCUUAAACGUCGCCGUUUCCCUCUCUCUAGAUCAAUUCAAGUUCUUCUCAAAAAGCAGCAACACCGUCAAUUCUCCUUUCUUCGCUCAAUUUCACACACCCUAACUUCUGAUUCGGUUACUGUUAGGGGCAAAAAUGACAUCUCUCAGCAGGGAAUUGGUGUUCCUCAUUCUUCAAUUUCUCGAGGAAGAGAAAUUCAAGGAAGCUGUACACAAGCUGGAGCAAGAGUCUGGUUUCUUCUUCAAUAUGAAGUAUUUUGACGAGAAAGCCCUUGCUGGAGAGUGGGAUGAGGUUGAGAAGUACCUAUCUGGGUUCAUAAAAGUCGAUGACAAUCGAUAUUCCAUGAAAACUUUCUUUGAGAUUAGGAAGCAGAAGUAUCUUGAAGCCCUUGACAGGAAUGACAAAGUGAAGGCUGUUGAGAUACUGGUGAAUGAUUUGAAAGUUUUUGCAACGUUUAAUGAAGAAUUGUUCAAAGAAAUUACGCAGCUUAUAACCCUUGACAACUUCAGGGAAAAUGAACAGUUAUCAAAGUAUGGUGAUACUAAGUCAGCUCGGAGCAUAAUGCUCUUAGAGCUUAAGAAACUGAUUGAAGCAAAUCCCCUCUUUAGAGAUAAGCUUAUAUUCCCUUCUUUGAAGGCCUCAAGGUUACGAACCCUGAUUAAUCAAAGUUUGAAUUGGCAGCACCAGCUGUGCAAGAACCCGAGGCCAAAUCCAGACAUUAAAACUCUAUUUAUUGACCACACUUGUUCACCCUCAAAUGGAGCUCGUGCACCCACUCCUGGCCCUCUUCCUGUCACAGCGGUUGCAAGGCCUUCAUCUUAUGCUCCGCUUGGGGCACCUGGUGGACCAUUCCCACCAGCCCCGACUGCUGCUAAUGUUAAUGCAUUAGCGGGAUGGAUGAUGAAUGCAAAUCCUUCCUCAUCUAUUCAAUCACCUGCACUUGCUGCUUCAUCAAUGCCUGGUCCCCCAAAUCAAGUAUCUGUCUUGAAGCAUCCAAGAACACCUUCCAAUACUCUUGGAAUGAUGGAUUAUCAAAAUGCUGAUCAUGAUCAUCUAAUGAAACGUUUACGGUCAGCACCAUCUGUUGAUGAGGUCACUUAUCCUGCUCCCCCCCAACAAGCCUCUUGGUCACUUGAUGACCUUCCUAGAGCUGUUGUUUGUACGUUACAUCAAGGAUCAACAGUGACAAGCAUGGAUUUUCAUCCAGCUCAUCAUUCUUUACUUGCUGUUGGUUGCGGAAAUGGCGAGAUUUCACUCUGGGAAGCAGGGCUGAGAGAGAGGCUGAUGUCAAAGCCUUUCAAAAUAAAGGAUAUUGCUGCUUGUUCUGUAUAUUUUCAGGCUGCAAUUGUGAAGGAUUCAUCUAUGUCUGUCAACCGUGUAUCAUGGAGUCCAGAGGGAAAUUUAAUUGGGGUUGCUUUCUCAAAACACUUGAUUCAUUUGUAUGCUUAUCAAGGUCCUAAUGAUCUACGGCAGAAUUUGGAGAUUGAAGCUCAUGUUGGUGGUGUUAAUGACUUGGCAUUUUCUUAUCCAAACAAACAACUAUGCAUUGUAACUUGUGGGGAUGAUAAGUUAAUUAAGGUGUGGGAUUUGACCGGACGGAAGCUUUUUAAUUUUGAAGGUCAUGAGGCACCAGUUUAUUCUGUUUGUCCCCAUCAGAAGGAAAAUAUCCAGUUUAUAUUUUCUACUGCUCUUGAUGGGAAAAUCAAAGCCUGGCUGUAUGAUAAUAUGGGCUCCAGGGUUGACUAUGAUGCUCCUGGACAGUGGCGCACCACAAUGCUCUAUAGUGCUGAUGGAAGUCGAUUGUUCUCAUGUGGAACAAGUAAGGAUGGGGAUUCUUUCCUAGUUGAAUGGAAUGAAAGUGAAGGUGCACUCAAGAGAACAUAUUCUGGAUUUAGAAAGAAAUCUGCUGGUGUUGUGCAAUUUGACACUACAAAGAAUCGCCUUUUGGCUGCUGGUGAAGAUAACCAGAUAAAGUUUUGGGAUAUGGAUAAUAUCAAUGUGUUGACAAGUACAGAUGCUGAGGGUGGUCUUCCAAGUCUCCCUCGUUUGAGGUUCAAUAAGGAUGGAAAUCUGCUUGCUGUUACUACAGCAGAUGGUGGUUUGAAAGUCCUUGCUAAUACUGAUGGCAUGAAGUACUUAAAAGCCAUUGAAGCUCGAUCUUACGAAGCAUCUAAAGCAGCGGUGGAGACAAAGGCAUCUGGGUCUUCUAUGGUUGCAAAUGUCAAUCAGCACAUGAAUAAAGUAGAACGUGUUGACAGAAGCUCUCCUGCUGCGCCACUGCCAAUCCUUAAUGGAGUUGAUUCUAUGGCCAGAAGUCUAGAAAAGCAAAGAAGCUUGGAUGAUAAAUCUAAAACUUGUGAACUGACAGAAAUAGUUGAUCCUGCUCAUUGUCGAACAGUUGCUCUGCCAGAUAGUGCUGCUGACCCUACUAACAAGGUUGUUCGUCUUCUUUACACCAAUUCCGGGGCUGGCCUUCUGGCUCUUGGUGCAAAAGGGAUCCAGAAGCUGUGGAAAUGGAGCCGUAAUGAUCAAAAUCCCAGUGGAAAGGCCACAGCUAAUGUUGCUCCCCAACAUUGGCAACCAAAUAGUGGUCUUGUCAUGGCUAAUGACCUCCAAGAGAAUUUUGAAGAAGCAGUUCCCUGCAUAGCACUCUCAAAAAAUGACUCUUAUGUCAUGUCUGCAUGCGGAGGAAAAAUUUCCUUGUUCAACAUGAUGACUUUUAAGGUAAUGGCAACUUUUAUGAAACCUCCCCCGUCUUCAACCUUCCUUGUGUUUCACCCUCAAGAUAAUAACAUCAUUGCAAUUGGGAUGGACGAUGCAACUAUUCAUUUUUACAAUGUUAGGGUGGAUGAGGUCAAAUACAAAUUGAAGGGUCACCAGAAGCGCAUUACCGGUUUAGCUUUUUCAACUCAUCUGAACAUCUUGGUUUCAUCUUCUGCUGAUGCUCAGCUUUGCUUUUGGAGUAUUGAUUCAUGGGAUAAGAAGAAAUCACUAUCACUCCAAUUGCCAGCUGGAAAAGCGCCUGCUGGUGAUACUCGAGUAUACUUCCAUAUCGAUCAAGUGCACUUACUGGUAUGCCAUGAAACACAGCUAGCAGUAUACGAUGCUUCAAAAAUGGAAUUGAUUCGGCAGUGGGUUCCGCAAGAUGGUUUCUCUGGUUCCAUAGCCUCUGCAACAUAUUCCUGCAAUGGCCAACUAGUUUAUGCUGCCUUCACUGAUGGAAAUAUUGGAGUAUUCGAUGCUGACAGCCUGAGACUAAGAUGUCGGAUAGCUUCGUCUGCAUACCUACAUCAGACAUCAUCAAAUAGCCAAAAUAUAUUCCCAGUUGUUGUUGCAGCACAUCCUCAGGAGCCAAAUCAAUUUGCAGUUGGACUUUCAGACGGCGGUAUUAAGGUUAUAGAGCCCAUUGAGUCUAAUGGGAGAUGGGGAGUUUCAGCAUCUGUUGAUAAUGGCAUGCAGAAUGGUAAUGGGAGGACAGCCUCACCAUCAAUUACUAACAACUCAACUUCUGAGCAGCUCCAAAGAUGAUUCAUACACACACCAUUUUAGUUUUUGUUCAUGUAAAAUUAUUGUAAAACGGUUAGGUUGAAUGUUUCUUAAUUGUGUGACGUUAAGUUGGUUAAGCACAGAUGGUUAGGUAAAGAUAUAAAUUAUGCAUACAAUAUCAUGUAGAUGCUAAUUUAUUAUUGCUUCAAAUAUUCACUGUGUUCGAGUUUCCAAUGGCAUAUUUUGUUAAGAAUAA